AUGUCGUGCAAUGUUGAACGACAAUUCAAAGAGAAUGACCAAAAUGGAUCUUGGAUUACUUUGUAUAAAAAACUGAAGAAAGCAGAAGAUCUCUCUGUUAUUGGAUGUAAAUUGUCUGUAUUAGAAGCACGAAAACCAGAAAAUCGCAACAAAAACCGAUACAGAGAUGUCAGCCCAUAUGAUCACAGCCGUAUCACUUUGGAGUCUGAUUCCCAAAAUGGAUUGGGAGAUUACAUCAAUGCAAACCUCAUUAAAAUUGAAAAGGCUGAUAGAAGAUACAUCCUUACACAGGGCCCACUGGAACACACUGGAGGCCACUUUUGGCAAAUGGUAUGGGAACAAAAGACCAAAGGCAUUGUAAUGUUAAACAGAAUAAUAGAGAAAGGAACGGUAAAAUGUUAUCAGUAUUGGCCAUUAAAUCAAAACUUUGACCAUGAAGAUGAUGAAAUGAUAUUUGAAGAUGUUCAGAUGAUGAUUAGUCUCUUAGAUGAGAAAGAAACUCCAAAUUACAUUAUUCGGACACUGGAAUUAAAGAACCUGGUGACUAAUGAGUUUCGGGAAGUUCUUCAUUUUCAGUACACAACAUGGCCAGAUUUUGGUGUACCAUCUUCCCCUCUAGCUUUUUUAAACUUCUUAAUGGCUGUGAGGGAAUCUGGUUCACUCGACAACAACUAUGGACCUUGCAUUGUUCACUGCAGUGCAGGAAUUGGUCGAUCUGGGACAUUUUCUUUGGUUGAUUCAGCUUUAGUAAUAGUAGAAAAGUGUCGAAGUAUGGAUAGUAUCAAUGUAGAAGAUCUUUUGCAAGAUAUGCGUUAUUAUCGAAUGGGCUUAAUUCAAACACCUGACCAGUUGCGUUUUUCUUACCUGUCAGUGAUUGAAGGUGGUAAACACAUAUUAAGUAACCUUCCUCCACUGGAAGAUGAUCCUCUGAAAAACUGUCCUUUUGAUACAUUGCUUUUCUUUCUUCUCUUUUUCUCUUCUCUUUUUCUCUUCUCUUUUUCUUCUCUUUUCAUUUCUCUUCUCUUUUUCUUCUCUUUUCAUUUCUCUUCUCUUUUUCUUCUCUUUUCAUUUCUCUUCUCUUUUUCUUCUCUUUUCAUUUCUCUUCUCUUUUUCUUCUCUUUUCAUUUCUCUUCUCUUUUUUCUUCUCAUUCUCUUCUCUUUUUUCUCUUUCUCUUCUCUUUUUUCUUCUCUUUUCUCUUCUCUUUUUUCUCUUCUCUUUUCUCUUCUCUUUUCUCUUCUCUUUUCUCUUCUCUUUUUCUCUUCUCUUUUCUCUUCUCUUUUCUCUUUCUUUUCUCUUCUCUUUUCUCUUCUCUUUUCUCUUCUCUUUUCUCUUCUCUUUUCUCUUCUCUUUUCUCUUCUCUUUCUCUUCUCUUUUUUCUUCUCUUUUCUCUUCUCUUUUUUCUCUUCUCUUUUUUCUCUUCUCUUUUUCUCUUCUUUUCUCUUCUUUUCUCUUCUCUUUUUCUCUUCUCUUUUUCUCUUCUCUUUUUCUCUUCUCUUUUUCUCUUCUCUUUUUCUCUUCUCUUUUUCUCUUCUCUUUUUCUCUUCUCUUUUUCUCUUCUCUUUUCUCUUCUCUUUUUCUCUUUUCUUUUCUCUUCUCUUUUUCUCUUCUCUUUUUCUCUUCUCUUUUUCUCUUCUCUUUUUCUCUUCUCUUUUUCUCUUCUCUUUUCUCUUUUCUCUUCUCUUUUCUCUUCUCUUUUUUCUUUUCUCUUUUCUCUUCUCUUUUUCUCUUCUCUUUUUCUCUUCUCUUUUUCUCUUCUCUUUUUCUCUUCUCUUUUCUCUUCUUUUUUCUUCUUCUCUUUUUUCUCUUCUUCUCUUUUCUCUUCUUCUCUUCUCUUCUUCUCUUCUCUUUUCUCUUUUCUCUUCUCUUUUCUCUUCUCUUUUCUCUUCUCUUUUUUCUUCUCCUCUUCUCUUCUCCUCUUCUCUUUUCUCUUCUCUUUUUCUCUCUCCAUAGAUUAA